AUGGCAAUUAAAACGGAGAACCACCACACUUUAUUGGGUGCAAGACAUGAUUUUACAGCUCACAGUAUCAGUUUAUUCAUCGCCAUUGAUUGUCAGAGAUCAAGUGCAAUAGUGAAAAAAGCUAUUGUCCAAAGUUCCAGAACGAAUACUAUUACGAAUCGUGCAAUUAUUUCCGGUUCAAACGGGUUACAUAACCCAACGCCACGAAAAGAUGCACAGACACAGUUGAAGGAACAUUGA